AUGUCGAUUAAGAUUUCUUCUCUAAGCAAGAUACUUAAUCUGCACCAGAAGUGCGGAAAUCUUGCAUCUCAAUCGCAACAGAUUGAACACCAAAUAUCUGGGUGGCGGCCUUCCUAUCUUCGACGACGAGUGUUGAUCGUAUUCGUGAUUACAUUCUGUGGAGUCAUAGCUACUCUCGAAAAACUCAACUAUGUCUCCAAAAUUCAUGAUGGAAUUGCCUUUUCAGUCGAAAGCCAUCAUUACCUCUGGACUUACGUACCCACUGCCAUCUUCACUGUUAUCGCGACCUUCUGGUCGCGUGUCGAAUUUCAAGUGAAGCAAAGAGCACCAUGGAAGGCCAUGGCUGAAAAGUUUGGAAAUGCCAUGGAAUCCAUGCUCUUGGACUAUGUAUCCGAGAUCCAGCUGGCAUCAAUCGUCAAGGCUAUACGAAACAAGCACUUUGACGUGGCAGCUGGAGUUGCCUGCUCUGUACUUCUGCGUCUCUUGGUCAUUUUCUCGACCAGUCUUUUAUCAUUACGAAAGGCUCAAGUGCAUCGAUCAUCGGUCCCAACUCAAUUUUCAGCAAUCGGACAGGCUAUUGCCAAUGAAAAUCGAAUUGUCAUAGCACAGCCUUCCCUUCGUGUGGUGGAGGUUUGCCUGAUACUAGGGAUCUUGCUAGCGAUUCUCAUGAUUUUUCUAGAGCCACGCAUGACGAUCGCACCUCGGAACCCGACUUCCAUUUCAUCCAUUGCCGCAAUCAUGGCAAAAAGCAACGAAAUUUGUCAGUCACUUCGCGGGACCGGUGCAACUCCGUUACGCGCGCUUCACUAUAGUCUGAAAGAGAGUCGCUACUAUUCGCAAAUCACCCCCAAGGGAUUCUUGAUCAAAGCAGAAGGAGGUAAUUGCGGAAAACUUGACGACCAAGAACAUCAAACGCCGGCAUGGGCACCCUUUCCUAGUCUCAUUGCUCGGGUUGUCAUCUUCAUUGUAGUCGGAUUGUGUAUUGCAACAUUGGAGACUGCAUUGUAUGUCUCACAAACGAACGAUGGACUGGGAAACAUCUCCUCCAAUGAAUACCACCGUUACAUGUGGACGAUCAUUCCCUCGCUGGUCAUGGGUAGCAUUUGUCUUUUGUUCGGGAUGAUGGACUUCAAUGCCCGAAGCUUAGCACCCUAUGCACAGUUGCAACGACCUGCCGGCGCACUAUUCGAGGAAUCCAUGACGGUGAACUAUCUAGAUUCACUAGCUAUCACCGCCAUGAUCCGUUCAAUCCGUACAAAACACUUUGCUGUUCUAGCUACUACAUUGGCUACCAUGGUCGCCCCGUUCCUAGUCAUCAUCACAAGCGGCUUAUACACUACAAUCGAGGUCCCCCACAAAAUGAGUAUAAACUUCACACAAGCGACCACCUUUUUCAGCGGUAAUUCAGCAGAUGCUGACAGAUCCAGUGAUGCUGGAAUCUCCGGCAUGGUCGUCACCAAGCACAUUCUCCACAAAGAUUUGGAUUUCCUCCGCUGGACCUACGACGAGCUUGCAUUCCCCACACUUUCCAUGGAUACGCCCUCAUCUAGCAAUGAGACAGGGAAUUUAUUCGUGGACAUUCGGAUACCUGCCCUGAGAGCCGCCCCUGCGUGUUAUUUCCAAACCGGCAGGCGACUGCAGUGGAAUUUCACCAAGUCUAACGACGGCAGUGAGUCAAGCUACCAGCUCAGGGUUGUUGCGCCUACCAUGCCCUGUUCUUUGCUAGAUGAAGGCAUGGGAUCAACCUCCUUGAUUCCUUCACUCGCUAUUUUUAAUUCCCAGGGCCUGUUCGGGCAAUCAAGCAUGCUCCCGUGUGGCAACAGCUACAGUUCCAAGCCUGCAACCCUGUAUCUCUGGGGUAAUAUCCAAAGUGAGGCCGUGGAGAGUAUAAGUGCGAUGACUUGUAUUGAAGCCACCGAAACGGUCGAUACCGUAACACGAUUCCAGCUGCCUGAUUUCGACAUCACCGAUGACUAUCCCCCAGUCCCUGACGAGUCAUCUGCGAGAUCAGCCCCAAUUGUUGAUGUCCCAUGGAUCAGUUGGAACAAUUUCAACGCCACAGAUACUACAGCUGAGAACUUAAACCUGGACGAGUUCUUCACAGCGCUAAUUAUGGGCAAGUACGCGAUCCCAGCAGGAAGUCUCAUUGACCCAGACUCCAUUGAUAUGGUCAUCAAGGCAAUCAAGCACCAGGAUAGGAUCCUCAAAGCACAAAUAUUCAACAAUUACUCUCGUAGUGCGGCAGACAGCGCGAUGGGCAAUGCCCCUCUGACCGGGAACAUCACGACAUCAAACCGACUGCGCCUGUCGCAAGAUGCAGUGUCAACACGCGUUCUUGAAGCACUUCUCGCUUCUAUCCUCGUGUUGGGUAUCGUCGGUUCGAUUCUCAUGAACACAGAUCACAUCUUGCUAAAGAACCCUUCUAGCAUUGGCUCCAUUGGGAGUCUGCUCGCUGACUCAAAUAUCCUCGCUCGAUACGAGCAGGUCAUGGGUGAUCCGAAUGAACAGUCGCUUGGUCAGGCUUUCUUCUCCCGUUGUCGUUUUUUUCUCGGAUUUCACGGGGAUGCAUCUGGUCAGGGCAAUCCUUGGCAGCUGUCAGAAGAGCAGGGAUGCGAGAAGUAUUGUGUGUACUUUUCGGAGUGGGAUGGUGAGACGAUGUCAGGUAACGGGUCGAUGUGGUCGAGGAAGGAAUUCCGGGUAAAAGAAACAAGUGUUGGAGAGCGGUCAGUGUGA